AUGCCUCCCUUUCUUCCCAAACCCGGAGGUAGCUCCGACUCCAUGGAAGACUACAUCACCGCUCUCUCAAAACGCAAACUUUCGCACAAUUUUCCAACCUCCCAACUUCGCGAACGCACUCUAUCCAAGUCGUCUUCGUCCAUGACAGAGCUAGCCCAGACACUCGUUACACGCGGGGAAAAGACAGUAGAGCCAAGUCGAGGAAUCGUCAACCCAGCCAACAUCAAUAUGCAAGGCCUAAUGGCACUCUUUGCCCUUCUAGGCGCCGCUUUCGUGUUGGCCGGUAUUUGGUUCUUCUUCUGGGCGAAGAACGGUGGCUUCGUUUGGCGCAAGGGUGACUGGGAAGAGUAUAAAUCUACUGUGCUACGCCGUAAGGAUUCUCACGGUAGAACCCUCAGUGAUGUGACUAAGAGCACGGAUUUGGGUGGCGGAAGCGUCGUUGGUAGAGGUUACAGCGAUUAUCAUAGCACUGGCGAUGGUACCACGACAGUCGACGGCUCAACUACUGUAACUGGUGAGAAGUUGAAACGCAAAGGGAUCAGGGAGACGGCGAAGCAGAAGUUGCUGCGCAGGCGGAAGGAGGAGCAUUGGGAAGGCGGUGGUGACGAAGACAUGCGCGCAUACAGACAUGAGAAACCGGCACGGGUGGGUGGACUCAACCGCGAACCAGACGGUGAAUAUCACACUUCAGAUUACACGAGUUCAAACGGCCAUCAGGGCAGCGAGCGGGCUCAGAGCCAGACACAUAGCCAAGUUGGUCCGCUGCAGGAUGUCACACGUGAGCCGGAUCGCCACCAGCCGCAGCGCCAACAAAAACGGAACACCUCUGGCUUCUCCUUCACCACCGGGGAGGCUGAUACUAUCAGCAACGUCACUGAGGAACGCCGCUUGACUGACUCCGCUUUCUCUAAGCGCCAUGACCGUGACCGCCGCGGUUCUGUAGCUCCUCCAUCCCGCCCACGCAGGCCACGGGCAAGUGCUACGCGCUCCCGUCAGUCUAGUCCGCGCAAGCGGGAUCGAAGCUCUAUGCCGGGUAGCUAUGCAGAGCCGCUGGAUAUGUCGUCUGUGCAUAGUUCGGAUUAUAUGUAUGAGCAGGUUGGUCUGGGGGGGCCUGAUGUGGGGACAGGGACGAAGAGUUACCACCAUCCCAUCCCCAAUUUGUCGAAGGGGUAUCGGCGUGCGGAUGGUGGUGGGAGGGGAGGGGGGAGGGGGAGGAGGGAUAGUUUGAGCGAGAGUGAGGGGGAGGAUGAUGAUAGUCGGUUGUCUUAG